AUGCUAAAAUGGAUGAUGCAAGUAUUGGUACAGUACGAGAUCAUAGUAAUAACGUCGCCAUCAAUCACCGGUGUCACUUACAUGGACAACUUCGAUUUCGAGGAGAGAUACAGAGACGUUAAUGAAUGUAAUCCGUUCUACUGGCAUCCGCUACAUUUACCUCCUUACUGCGUAGAAAUUUUCGAGAAAUUAAUACGUUCCAGAUUAGCGAGUAAAACUCCUAUCAGAAUCGCGAGGGAGAGAGAAAAGGGUGGAAAGGAAGGUAGUGAAGGAAACGAAGGCAAACAUGGACAUGGUCCCAGUUCAUAUUUCUCAGAAAAUCAACAUCACCAUCCGCAACUCAAUUACCCUGAACAAUUGUAUCAAUUUCCAUAUCCAAUGUACCAAAUUACUAGCGCAGAAUACGAGUCGUUCAGUCCACCAUACACGAAGCCGUCGCCUUUGAGUCCGUAUGAGCAACUGAUGAAGCUCCUGAAAGAAGAUAUUAAGAAAGACCCGAGCUCUCCGACCGUAACUGUCAUGCCAAGUUUGGGCCCCGUCGCAUUAUACAAACAAGCUAUCUCCCAGAAGAGUGUGAACCUGAUUCGAGAAUUAGCCGAAGCUUACGUCAAGGCUACUAAAGAGAAAUAUGAUGAAUAUUAUUCAGCGUUUGAUAAUUAUCCAUCAGAACCUCAAAUAUACGUAUAUGACAGUGCUAAAAAUAAGACUAAAGAAGAAAAAGCAAAGAAAGACAGUAAAAAAGACAAGAAAAAAGAAAAAGAGAAAAGGAAAGAGGAAAAAGAAAAGAAAAAUAAAGUUUAUAAACUGAAAACUAAGCACGGAGGAGUAGUUACUAUAAUAGAAACGAGAAACGUAGACAUGAUGAAUAAAGACAGCCCUUUGCUUUGA